AUGAAUAAGGAACCUCCCGAUGAGGAGCAGCCUUCUAAAAAUGUGUUCGUAACUCGGGCUUCAAUAAACUCCUCCAGUGCUUAUCAUUUUUCAAACAACCAGCCAGCAAAUAGACCCAAUCGGCUCCGUAGAGGACUACAUUCAUUAUAUGACAGGAAAGAACCAGAAAAAGUUCAUUCACAAGAUUUAUCUUCCUCGGGUACUGAGGGGCAACAAGUUAGUUCUAUCGGAAUACGCGGCAUAAUUAGACGGGCCUCAGUGUCUUUUAAGAAUCGUAGGCGCCAAAUUCAAGACAUAGAUCAACGUCCAAAGACUACAUGGGAAAAGCUACGGACUGCUACUGGUUUCCACUGGCAACAAAGAUCCUUAUCUACAACAUCGCAGCUUGGAAUUGAUAUCGACAAUAGGGAAUACAGCUCAUCAGUUACUGGAUACAAAAGUCAGGCACCUAAAAUCCCUCUCCGGCUUGGAGGCUCUGCUAAAAGAACAACGCUUGAAAGUAACAGAACUCUUCCAUAUGCUUCAAUCAAAAAUAGCCACUUAGGGAGGUGUCCGCAGCUAUUCUCAGUCACCGACCACAAUGAAGAUGGGGAAAGCGGAAUCGGAAUAGCAAUUACUUCUUCCACAAACCCAAUUGAAAACUUGGACCCUCCAAUCGUUGAAAAUUAUGAUAAUAUUAGCCGUGUUGAUUUUAUAUCUGACCUCCCGGCAGAACUCGCGAUUCAGAUACUCGCAUAUCUUGACCAAAAAACCCUCUGUAAUCUCUCAGUUGUUUCUCGAAAAUGGCUAGAUGUAUCUCAAGCGAAGUGUAUCUGGCGAGAAGUCUUUUUACGUGAUCAGACUACAACCUAUGCUACUGGCAAGCCUAUUAUUUUAGGAGCUGGUUUGGGUCUACCAGCCUCAAAACCUGACAACAAUUGGAAGGAUCUAUACAGAGUGAGAGAGCAACUUAGACACAACUGGAUGCGUGGUGCGGCUCAAGCAGUGUACCUGAAUGGACAUCUCGAUAGCAUCUAUUGCGUUCAAUUUGAUGAGAAUAAAAUUAUUACCGGAUCUCGCGAUAAGACCAUACGAGUGUGGGACUUGAAAAAGUAUAUUUGUAUACUAAUUAUUGGCCCCCCUGAUAUUAUAAGUCAUUAUUCCAUAAUGAGAGAUAACGAGGGCCAGCCACAACACUUUGCAACCAUGUCGGACAUGACCAAAAAGCCAUCCGAAGCAUAUCCAGCCACUGUAUCUUUUCCUAUUUAUCAUAAUCAAUCCAUUCUAUGUCUUCAAUUUGACAAAGAUAUCUUAGCAACUGGCUCUUCUGAUAGCACUUGUAUUCUCUAUGACAUUAAAAAGGGAUACAAACCUAUCCGACAGUUCCGUCACCACACUGCAGCGGUUCUUGACCUAGUCUUCGACACUCGGCAUAUUGUUACAUGUUCAAAAGAUUACACUAUAUGUAUAAUUGACAGAGAGAAUGGUACUCUUCUGAAGCAACUUCGUGGACACCUUGGACCCGUCAAUGCAGUUCAAUUACGGGGAAAUAUAAUCGUGAGUUGCAGUGGAGAUUGCAAAGUCAAACUUUGGAACAUUGAUACCGGAAAAAAUAUUAAAGAACUUACUGGUCAUACGAAUGGACUUGCCUGUGGUCAAUUUUCUGAUAACUCGCGAUAUAUUGCAUCAGCUGGAAACGACAAGAUAAUUAGGAUCUGGGAUGCAAAUACCGGAGAAAUCUUAAAAAGUAUUGUUGCUCACGAAAACUUAGUCCGAUCUCUACAUAUUGACUCAAUAAGUGGAAGACUCGUAUCUGGUAGUUAUGAUCAAGACAUUAAAGUGUUUGACAUGGCAACUGGUGCGCUUCUUUUAGAUUUCCCAAAGUGGCAUACGUGCUCAGUUCUUGGGGCCAAGUCUGACUACCGCCGAAUCAUAAGCACAGGCCAAGAUACAAAAAUCCUCAUUAUGGACUUUGGUAUGAGCAUUAAAGGGAUUGAAAAGUUAGAGAGUUAA